GAGGGAGAGAAAGGAUAUAACGGAGGCCACGUUUUGAAAGCCCCUUUACCCUUUUUCCUCCCCCCUCCCACCGCUUCUAGGGUUUUAGCUUUGCCGCCUUCUUCCUCCUCCCUCCGCUCCUCCCUCUCUGCAAGUCGGAAUGGGCAGCGAUAAGGAUAACAUCAACAUGUCCGAUCUCUCCUCAGCUCUCAACGACGUGGAUCGAGCAGGCCUCGUCAAUGCUCUCAAGAAUAAGAUAGAGAGUUUGGCCGGGCAGCACUCUGAUAUCCUCGAGAGCUUAUCUCCUGCAGUCCGAAAGCGGGUCGAUGUCCUUAGAGAGAUUCAGACCCAACAUGAUGAACUUGAGGCAAAGUUUUUCGAGGAGAGAGCAGCUCUUGAAGCCAAAUAUCAGAAAUUGUAUCAACCUUUGUAUACCAAGAGAUACGAGAUUGUAAAUUGUGUUGUUGAAGCUGAAGGAGUCACUAAUGAAGCAGCAACAACAGAAGAGGGUGAAGAUUCUGAAGAAAAAGGGGUGCCUGAUUUCUGGCUCAACGCAAUGAAGAACAAUGAAGUGCUAGCUGAGGAGAUAUCUGAGCGUGAUGAAGGUGCUCUUAAAUAUCUUAGAGACAUCAAGUGGUUUAGGAUAGAUAACCCUAAGGGCUUCAAACUGGAGUUCUACUUUGACACCAAUCCCUAUUUUAAGAACUCUAUCUUGACAAAGACAUACCACAUGAUUGAUGAAAAUGAACCCAUUCUUGAGAAAGCAAUAGGGACGGAGAUUGAAUGGUAUCCUUCUAAAUGCUUGACACAAAAGCUCCUUAAGAAGAAGCCUAAGAAGGGAUCUAAGAAUGCUAAGCCAAUAACUAGAACUGAAAAUUGCGAAAGUUUCUUCAACUUUUUCAGUCCGCCUCAAGUCCCUGAGGACGACGAAGAUAUUGAUGAGGAUGUUGCCGAGGAACUCCAAAACCAGAUGGAAAAUGAUUAUGACAUUGGGUCUACCAUUCGAGAUAAGAUCAUCCCCCAUGCUGUUUCAUGGUAUACUGGAGAGGCCAUUGAGGGAGAAGAUUUUGGAGACUUGGAAGAAGAUGAAGAUGAAGAUGAAGACGAAGAGGAAGACGAAGAUGAUGAGGAUGAAGAAGACGAGGAAGAUGAUGAAGACGAUGAAGAUGAAGCCAAAACCAAAAAGAAGACAUCGGCUAGCCACAAGAAGAGUGCAAGAGCACCAACCGGGGAGCAGGGUGAAAGGCCUCCAGAAUGCAAACAGCAGUAGAAUAUGAUUGUUUCGGAAAGGCGGGUUGAGUAGCUGUGAGUUCUCGUUGGACCUUCAGACUGUUUUAAUAGAAAAUGGUUGCUGGGCAGUUUUGUGUGGCCAAUAUAUUUUUUUACCUUUUGUUUUCUUUUCCAUGCUGGUUUAGGGGGAAUGUGAUGAAAGAUGGAUUGGAUGUCAUUGUGAUUUGUUGGCUUAUGUUUGAAUUCGAUAGACGAUGUUUUUUACUAAUCUAUUAAUGAUUUGUGUAAUUUUUGGCCUUUA